GAGGAUGUGGUCAUUUUCUUCUUCCAGGAGUAGAGGGACUUCCUUAAUGCAACUCAGAGGUUCCUGUAUCUUAAUGUGAUGCUGGAGAACUUUGCACUUACAACCUUCAUAGGUUGUAGACACAGAGUAGAAGAUAAAGAGGCAUCUGUGAGGAGUGUGUCUGUGGAAGGUGUGUCAUACUUGAAACCUACAAAUGCAGGUGCAUCCAUCCAAAAGACUCAUCCCUGUAAUAUCUGUGUCCCAAUCUUGAAAGACAUUUUGUACCUGGCUGAUCCAGCUGUUCAGAAACUAUCCUUGCUUGGGGAGUGUGAAAGCCUUCCCCAGAAGCAGAACUGGGCAGAGACUUCCAUAUUCAGGAGGAACAUGGGCAGGACUUCAUUUUUGAAGAGUUAUAAGUUUUGUGUUUCAGGGAAGUCCUUCAAUUGUGAUGACCUGUGGAAGGAUUUCCCAGGGUUACUGGAACUUCUCCAGCCCCUGAACAUUCCAAAAGGUGAGGAGCCAGACAACUCUGAGUUUGGGAAGGACUUUCACUAUGAACACAGAAAAGAUUCCAGCAACAAAACUAUGGCUUUUCAUAAAUCAAGAGUCUACACUCAAAAAAAUAUUUCUGAAGGUAGCAAGUCUGAGAAAGUGUUCCAUAGUAAGCACUUACUUGCUCAACACCAAAGACUCUACAUAGUAGAAAGGCCUUAUAAGUGUAAAGAAUGUGGGAAAUCCUUUAAGCAAGUCCGUGCUCUUACUGUACACCAAAAAGUUCACACUGUAGAAAGGCCUUAUGAGUGUAGAGAAUGUGAUAAGUCAUUUAAGCGAGGAGAUGCCCUUACUGUACACCAGAGUGUUCACACUGGAGAAAGGCCAUAUAUGUGUGGUGAAUGUGGGAGAUCAUUUACUCGGCGUGCCCACCUCAUUAGUCACAGUGGAAUUCAUACUGGAGUAAAGUCUUAUGAGUGCAAUGAAUGUGGGAAAACCUUUAGGCAAAAGUCUGUUCUCCUUAGACAUCAGGUAGUCCACAAUGGAGAAAGACCUUAUGAGUGUUUAGAAUGUGGAAAAUCCUUCAAGCAAGGACGUGACCUUACUGUCCACCAGAGAGUCCACACUGGAGAAAGGCCUUAUGAGUGUAGAGAAUGUGGCAAAUCCUUUAAGCAAAAAGAUGCCCUUACUGUACACCAGAGAGUCCACACUGGAGAAAGACCUUACAUAUGUGGUGAAUGUGGGAAAUCUUUUACUCAACAUGCCAAUCUUAUUGGGCAUUCCAGAAUUCAUACAGGAGAAAAGUCUUAUGAAUGCAAUGAGUGUGGGAAAGCCUUUAGGUAUAAAGCCAAUGUUGUUCAUCACCAGGAAACUCACAAGGGAAAAAGGCCUUAUGAGUGUGGCCAGUGUGGGAAAGGUUUUAACCAAAGAGCUUAACUCAUUAUACACAGGAGAGUUCACACUGGAGAAAGGCCUUAUGAGUGUGAAAAAUGUGGAAAAGUCUUUGGGCAUAAAACAAGUAUUAUUCGUCAUAAGAAAGUUCACAGUGAGAAAGAGCCUGUAAAUGUGUUCAGUGUGGGAAAUACUUUUGCCAAAGAAUGCCCCUCAUUACAUAUGAAGCAAUUCACACUGGAGAAAGACCUUAUGAAAACAGCAAAUGUCAGAAAUGAUUAGAAAACACUCUGAUUUCUUUCAACACUGAAACUGUUACACCAUAGAAAGGCCCAAUGAAGGUAGCAAUUAUGGGAAACCUUUCAAUCCAAAGUCUAACCUUAUUAAAUAGCAGAAAGUUCUACUUGGAAAGAGCCUUAAACCUGAAGGGAAUGUGCUUUCUAUGGCAUAUUCAGGCUACAGAGUCUUUUAUGAUCCAUCUCCCUGAAGUUGAACUGCACAUUUCCAAAUGUUAAUGGGUAAGAAUCGCAUGAGUUCAGUCACAGGAUGAGGCUACAGGAACUGCUCUGUGCACUCUGAACUUUUCAGAGCUUUUGACACAGUGAGAUCAUUGCCAUACUCUUAAAAAGAAGCCAUCAGUCUGUACCAUCUUUCACAGUGGGCAAAAGCCACCCUUACGAGCUGAUGCAAGGCACAUAGGCUUCUGCUGUCUCAUUCUCUGGUGCAAAUCUUAUGUACCUUGAGCCAUUAGGGUAACUUUAUUCUGUUUGAUCUGUGACCAUGCAUGGUAUAACCUCAUUAGGGCCAAAGGAACUUCACCUGGUUCUGGUGAAGGACUGCAAGGAAAGCCAAGUAUCUUUGUGGAAGUUGUUGGUGUCACCUGACAGUUGUAGUUGACAUUUCCAGCCCCAAGUCACUAACUGGUAACUGCCUGUCUCACAUUGCUGUUUGU